AUGACAUUUUUAUAUAAAGAACAUCCGCUUGACUUGUUUUCAAAGUGGUACAGUACUUCACUAUCCUCUGUUAUGACGCUUGCAACGUGCAGUAAAGAAUAUGCUCCAUCUGCAAGAGUAGUGCUAUUAAAGAAGUACGAUAAAGAAGGAUUUGUAUUUUUUACCAAUAUAAAUAGCAGAAAAGGUAAAGAUUUGACGGAGAAUCCAAAAGCUGCACUGCAAUUUCAUUGGGCAGAGUAUUCUAGACAAGUACGAAUUGAAGGAGACGCAAAACUUCUCAGCAGCGACAAAGCAGAUGAGUAUUAUUCCUCUCGCUCACGUAACAGCCAAAUUACUGCAUGGUGUUCAAAACAGUCCAGAGUUUUAAAGGAUUGGUGUGAUUUUGAACAAAGCAUUACAUUAAAAAGUAAAGAGUUUCACGAUCAACAAAUUCCACGUCCAGGCUUUUGGGUAGGAUUUUGUAUAAUUCCCAUAAUAAUGGAAUUUUGGCAAGAAGGUGAACAUAGAAGACAUAUAAGAUUUAGAUAUACCUUGGUAGAGGAAAAUACUUGGACAGUAGAACAAUUAUAUCCCUAA